AUGGCUGGAAAUGGAGUUUAUGCAGAGAUAAUUGAUGGAGGCAAUGAGGAGAAAGCCACUCGUGUUAGGUUCCUUUUAUCAAAUGUUGAAGCUGGCUCUAUUAUUGGGAAAGGUGGUUCGACAAUCAGUGAUUUCCAGUCACAAUCUGGAGCACGCAUUCAGUUGUCAAGCAAUUACAAGUAUUUUCCUGGAACAUCAGAUAGAAUUGUCACUGUAUCUGCAAUGGAAGACUUAACACUUGCAGAUGCUUUGGUAUAUGUUUGUAAUCAAGGUGUAGCGAAGAUAGUUGAUCUGGCUACAUUGACUGGGCCUUGUGCUGUUGCUCUUGGACGCUCUAUUGUGGGUGUUUUUACACCCAGUGAUGAACUGACAGAAAAGGUACUUGCAGCCUUAGAGGUCACUGGGGAGAAACUUCGAAGGAUGCCCAUGGAGGUGAGUUAUUGGGAGUCCAUGAAAGCAGGAGUGGCUUACAUGGUGAACACUGGUGGUCCUCAAGGUGGAGCCAUUGCUGCUGCUGCUAUUUUCUUGAAGCAGGUACGGCUUUUGUUUUCCUCACGCCGCCUCCCUCACCAAGCCCCCCAUUAA